AUGUUCAAAUUUUUAGAGAGUCCACAUAACCCAUCUUUGGGUCCACAUCUUUGGCUUCUGGGCUCUACUGGGCUCUGGCAUCCGAACAUUUCAAAAGCAGUACGUUUUAAACUGUUUCUUUUCUACGUGACCGUACUUUUCUUUUUCACUCAAUACUUGAAAUGCGCGAACGAUUUCCAAGCGGAAUCUCUGCAGCUUAUUCUCCAGUACGCGCCGUUCCACAUGGGCAUUGUGAAGUCCUGCUUCUUUCAGAAGCAAUAUAAAACCUGGGCUUCGUUAGUCGACUACUUAUCAUCAGUAGAACUUGAACAGUUAGAGGUGAAAGAGAACAGAGUUAUAGGCAUCAUGAAGGAUUACAUCGCACGUAACCGUCGUAUAACGUAUUUCUUCUGGGCUUUGGCGUUCUUCUCCAACUUCAGCAUAUUCUCUGAACCGUAUCGGAAGAACCACGCGGUAGAGAACGGAACCAGUGUCUACUUGAACAUCUUCAAUGGUUUCACGCCCUUCUCCGGCGAGCCUCCAGGGUACUACGGAGCAAUGGCUGUCCAAACUGUCCUUGGUCACAUUGUAAGCGCCUACGUCGUCGGUUGGGACACGAUGGUCGUAUCCAUAAUGAUAUUCUUCGCCGGACAGUUGAAAAUCACUCGAUUAUACUGCAUGGGAGUGGUUCAACCCAAAAACUCUGAUGACUCUCAUCGAAGCAUCGCCAAGUGUCACAAGUUUUAUAUCCAAUUGAAA